UAAAAGCGAGGUUUUUGGUGAACACUGGAGCAAACACAGAUCCAACAACAACAAAAAAUGAAGAGUAACACGAACACGAAGCUAAUACUCUUCCAUCCUUCCAUCACCUCAAAAUCCGCCGCCACCGCUGCAACCCACCACCGUCUCUGGUUCUUCUUCUUCCUCUCCUUCUUCACCAUCGCCUUCUCCCUCACCCUCUUCUCCUCCUCCCUCCAUUCCUCUUCCUCCUCCUCCUCCUCCGCCUCCUCCGCAUCCCCUUCAUUCCCUCCUCACGUCGCCGCCGCACUCCUCCAUUACGCCGCCGUCUCCGCCUCCAACUCCUCCAUGUCCCUCUCUGAACUCUCCGCCGUUUCCGCCGCCGUUCGCUCCGUCUCCGGCCGUAACCUCCUUGUCUUCGGUCUAAGCCACGAAUCCCUCCUCUGGAGGUCCAUCAAUUUCGCCGGCAGGACCGUUUUCGUUGACGAAAACUCAUACGCCGUCUCCAAGUUCGAGCAGGCGAAUCCCGGCGUCGAGGCCUACGACGUCGUUUUCUCCACCAGGGUCUCUCAGGCAGGCGAGCUCCUCCGUUAUUACAGGACACAACACGAGUGCCGACCGGUUCAGAACCUCCUGUUCUCAGAUUGCAAGCUGGGCAUCAACGAUCUCCCAAAUUUCGUCUACGAAACCGACUGGGAUGUGAUUCUGGUCGACGGGCCAAGUGGGUUCUCCGGCGAAUCCCCGGGGAGGAUGUCGGCGAUCUUCACGGCGGCAGUCCUGGCGAGGAGCAAGAGAGAUGUGAAGAGCAAGAAGAAAACGGAUGUGUUCGUGCACGAGUUCGGGAGAAAAGUGGAGAGAGUUUACAGUGAGGAGUUUCUCUGCAAGGAGAAACUGGUGGAGGUCGUCGGAGAAUUGGCGCAUUUCUCGGUGGCGGCAGAGGAAGGUGGAGCUGGGUCGCCUGAAGAAGUGAUGUUUUGUCGGAACUCGAAAGGGUUGUCCGAGAAUUUCGCGCCGGUGACUGGUGGCGAUGACGAGGACGGUGGUGUUGAGUCUGUUGACGAUGACUGAUGGAGUUCGGGUCCCUGAGGGCUCUUUUGUAAUUAACUUAGUUUUCGAAUGUUUUAAUUUAGUUUUUUUUUUUCAAGUUUUUGAAACAAAAGUUACAAACUUUGAACGAAAAAAUGCAUGGAAUCGAAUCGAAUCUCAAGCCAUUGAUGAAAAGCAUCAAAUUUGGGAUAUAAAAGUAUAGCUUAUGAUGA